AUGAAAGUUUCCCUCUUCUCCAUAUUCCAUCUUCCAUACCCUCUGGUUUCUACCUGUAAUUUUUCUUUCUUCCUUUCUCCAGAAUAUGAAGUCUCCAUCUCUGGAACUAGAGUAGAGCUGACAUGCCCUAACCAGAAUCCUGAGUGGAGCUUCAAUGCUAACAAAUUAACAGGUUUGGGGAGAACCUAUGUGGAGGAGAUAUUUUCGGAAGUGGAACACAGUGGUUUUUAUUCCUGCGAUCAAAACAAAACUCUUCUCUACCUGAAGGCAAGAGUGUGUGAGAACUGUCUGGAGGUGGAUGCGAUGAUAGUGGCCACAAUCAUCAUAGUGGACAUCUGCAUUACCCUGGGUGUGCUGUUCGUGGUAUAUUACUGGAGCAAGAACAAGAAGGCCAAAGCCAAGCCUGUGACAAGGGUGACGGGUACUGGCGGCAGACCCAGGGGACCCAACAAGGAGCGGCCACCACCAGUUCCCAACCCAGACUAUGAGCCCAUCCGGAAAGGCCAGAGGGACCUGUACGCGGGCCUGAACCACAGAGGCGUCUGACAGCUCCUGAGGACUCUGCGUCCCCU